GGCGGAGGGAGGGGAAGGCGGCUCCGCACAGCCAAGAUGGCGGCGGUGGAGCUGGAGUGGGUGCCCGAGACGCUCUACAACACGGCCAUCUCGGCCGUCGUGGACAGCUACGGGCGGGCGCGGCGCCGCGACAUCCGCUCGCUGCCCGAGAACAUCCAGUUCGACGUGUACUACAAGCUUUACCAACAGGGCCGCUUGUGCCAGCUGGGUAGUGAAUUUUGUGAACUAGAAGUUUUUGCAAAGGUGCUACGAGCUUUAGAUAAAAGACAUCUGCUCCACCACUGCUUCCAGGCUCUGAUGGACCAUGGAGUCAAGGUUGCCUCUGUCCUGGCCUAUUCCUUCAGCAGACGGUGCUCCUACAUUGCAGAGUCAGAUGCUGCAGUGAAAGAAAAAGCAAUCCAGAUUGGCUUUGUUUUAGGGGGGUUCCUGUCAGACGCGGGCUGGUACAGCGAUGCUGAGAAGGUUUUCCUGUCCUGCCUGCAGCUGUGCACCCUCCACGAUGAAAUCCUUCACUGGUUCCGUGCUGUGGAGUGCUGUGUGAGGUUGCUGCACGUGCGGAACGGGAACUGCAAGUACCACCUGGGAGAGGAGACCUUCAAGCUGGCGCAGUCCUACAUGGACAAGCUGGCCAAGCACGGGCAGCAGGCCAACAAGGCGGCGCUCUACGGCGAGCUGUGCGCGCUGCUCUUCGCCAAGAGCCACUACGACGAGGCCUAUAAGUGGUGCAUAGAAGCCAUGAAGGAGAUCACGGUGGGGCUGCCUGUGAAGGUCGUGGUGGAUGUGCUGCGGCAAGCGUCAAAGGCCUGUGUGGUGAAACGGGAGUUCAAGAAGGCUGAGCAGCUCAUCAAGCACGCCGUGUACCUGGCCAGGGAGCAUUUUGGAGCCAAGCACCCCAAAUACUCUGACACGCUACUAGACUACGGAUUUUACCUGCUCAACGUAGACAACAUCUGCCAAUCUGUUGCCAUCUAUCAGACAGCGCUCGAUAUCCGGCAGUCGGUAUUUGGAGGUAAAAACAUCCACGUAGCUACAGCUCAUGAAGACUUGGCUUAUUCCUCAUAUGUUCACCAGUACAGCUCUGGGAAAUUUGACAAUGCACUAUUCCAUGCUGAACGUGCUAUUGGCAUUAUCACUCACAUUCUCCCAGAAGACCAUCUCCUCUUGGCCUCUUCAAAGAGAGUUAAAGCCCUGAUCCUGGAGGAGAUUGCCAUAGACUGUCACAACAAGGAGACGGAGCAGAGGCUGCUCCAGGAGGCUCACGACCUGCACCUCUCCUCGCUGCAGCUGGCUAAAAAAGCCUUUGGGGAGUUCAACGUGCAGACAGCCAAACACUACGGCAACCUGGGCAGACUGUAUCAGUCCAUGAGGAAGUUCAAGGAAGCAGAGGAAAUGCACAUCAAGGCCAUCCAGAUCAAGGAGCAGCUCCUAGGGCAGGAGGAUUAUGAAGUUGCCCUCUCCGUGGGCCAUCUCGCCUCCCUCUACAACUAUGACAUGAACCAGUAUGAAAAUGCUGAAAAGCUUUAUCUGAGAUCCAUAGCAAUUGGAAAGAAGCUUUUUGGUGAAGGAUACAGUGGACUUGAAUACGAUUACAGAGGUCUCAUUAAACUGUACAAUUCCAUUGGCAAUUACGAGAAGGUGUUUGAGUACCACAACAUUUUGGCCAAUUGGAACCGGUUGCGGGACCGGCAGUUCUCGGUGACGGAUGCGCUGGAGGACGUCAGCACCAGCCCCCAGUCCACGGAGGAGGUGGUGCAGUCUUUCCUGAUGUCUCAGAACCUCGACGGACAGAGCAGCUAAGAACUCGGUCACUUCACCAGUUUAAGGUGUUUUCCCCCGGGUUGCAGGGGGAACAGUCAUACUGUGAAACCUAAACCAUGUAGUUCUCUGGGGGCUGGAAUUUGCGUUGAAACACUGGUCCAGUCUACUGAAGAGUGCCCAUACGGAUGAAUGUGUGUUAAUUCCUCUCAGCAUGUGUAUGGCAUGUUUAGUUCGGCUCACAUUUUUAACUUGGUAUUCCCAAAAAAAAAAAAACCAACCCCUUCUUUCUCUCUUCUUUCAAAAGAAGCUACUUUGCAGAAAGUCUGCAAGAAAACAUUCAAUAAAACUGUUUGAGUUCAAAAGAGUUGCAUUGUUAUUACGGACGGAAGGUUUCAUCGAGAGCUUUCUGCUGAUUGACAGAGAGAACAAAAGCUGUACUCUGAGGAGCUGUAGGAGAAAGGUCUUGCUGCUGUAUCACUGUAGCAAAGUUCAUGGUAAAUAGCCAGCAAAGGGAGAUGUGCUGGCCUUGGCUGCUGCCUUACCAAGAGAAGUGGCAAAGACCCACCCUGGAGAGCCCCAUCCGCUCGUGGAGUGCCACCUGUGCUGUUGUGGAUGCCCUGAACUGGACCAGAACAGAUCCCACAGACCAGCAAGCACAGUGUCCUCGGUGCCACCACCAGUGAGCAGGACCAGGACACCUCAGUGGACCAGCCUGCUAAAAACCGCUCUUGGACCAGUGGCUUUAAUUUAAUAUUUCUGCCCCUGCAUUCACUUUGACAGUAGAACUCUCUCAUUUAGGUGUCUGAUCAGUGCAAAUGAUAUCCAUGUGAUAGAUCCAGAGCUAGGAAGUGAAUUGAUGGUUUGUCUGUACCCAGUGAGCUUCUGCAGAGAUUCCUGGCAGUGCCACAGCUCCACACGCUCCGCUCUGCUGCAGCCACUCCUCCUCUCCUGCUGACGGUGGCCACACCUUGUUUAUACCAGUGAAGAGUUUUGUAUUGCAGUCCAGUUCCAUGUUCUGUUUCUGGAGAACACAACUUACUGUACAGUUCGCAGGGGUCAGUGGAAAAUGCCAAAAAGCACAACAGGUCUUUUUUUUUUGUGAUGCUUCAUUUCUACAUUAAACAAGAGUACAACCAGAAA